UGAGACGUUGAGAAAAGCCGGUCGACGCUAAACCUCGACUAACCAUACCAUACCUUAGUCAGGUUAUGCUCUUGCAGUGAUCACUCGCGCGUUGUAGUUGUUACUUACUAAAUUAAACAAGUGCUAUUUUCCAUCAAAUAUUCGGAAGCAUUUCAAAAGCUUCAAAAUGAGGGUCUUCGGGAGCCUCAUAGUCUUCCACCUGGUCUACUCAAUCAGCUGUAUGGACCAGCUGAACAUCCGCUUCGAGUGGAAACAGUUGGACUACCAGUUCCCGACGCCCCAGGCACGGGAAGAUGCCAUAGCAGAUAGGAGCUUCAUCCCGGAGAACAAUAUCCCCAUGGGACUGGAGAUCUACCAGGACAAGCUGUUCAUAACUGUGCCGCGAUGGAAGUACGGAGUGCCGGCUAGUUUGAACUACGUCAAUAUUAAUGAUAAUUCGACAUCUCCGAAGUUGAUCCCGUACCCCAAUUGGGCUGCCCAUUCCUCCGGCUCCGAUGGAAAGCCUUCUGAAAUCAUCUCCCCCUUCAGGAUCCGUGCCGACCGCUGCGGCAGGCUCUGGGUGCUCGACAACGGGAAAAUCGGGAAUCGCGAAGAGAAUGUCACUAAAUACCGACCAGCCAUCAUCGUAUACGACCUCAAAACUGACAACCUCCUCAGGAAAUACAACCUACCUGAAGACCAGGUCAAAGAAGAUUCAGGAUUCGCAAACAUAGCAGUAGAAGACUUUGAUUGUACCAAAACUUAUGCUUACGCUGGCGACGUGGGAAAAGCAGGAAUCGUUGUCUACUCUUGGGAGGCAAACACAUCAUGGAGGAUCUCCCAUCACUUUUUCAGUAUUGACCCACUGGCGUGCGAUUUCAACGUGAAGAAUCUCACAUUUACAUGGACAGAUGCUAUCUUCGGCAUGGCAAUCUCUGGUCCCAAUGAAGACGGCUUCAGCACCUUAUAUUUCCACCCCAUGUCCAGCUUCGACGAAUUCUCCGUAUCGACCGAAUACCUAAGGAACACAUCCGUAGCUGAAAGCAAUUUUGAAGCGUUCAAGAAAUUAGGAAACAGAGGACCCAACGCACAAUCUAGUGUGUCUUUCAUCGAUCCCAAGACGAAAGUUCUUUUUUACUCCCUCGUGAAUUUAGAUGCAGUGGCUUGUUGGAAGACGACAAAUAAGGAUUAUUUGAUGGAAAACCAAGGACGAAUCUAUAUGAACAACGAGACUAUGGUAUAUCCUACUGAUAUCAAGGUAGACUACAAUGAUAAUUUAUGGAUUUUGUCAAAUAAAUUACCUGUUUGGAUGUACUCAAAAUUGGACGCCAAUGAGGUUAACUUUAGGGUGUUUUCAGCACCUGUUCUCGAGGCAAUUAGUCACACAGCGUGCGACAUCACACGCAGAACCGAUAUUUUGGACAAAUUUGUAAAUAAAAUCAAGAAUGUAACCAACAAGAUUACUAACAAGUUAAAGCCUAAUUCCGCAGAAAACAGAACUCCUAUGUCUUUAGUCGUAAUUGCUCUGAUUAGCUGCUUCAUGGGCAUCGCUCUUUCCAACUAGAUUUUGCAAAGAUGAUGUUUUUAAUUGUAAUUUUAGGCUUUUGAAUUACAAGCCAUUUAGAAAGUAAAUGCGAAAAAUUUUUUGGCUGUUUUUACCUCGUGUUUCCAUAACGCUAUUUUAAAAACAAAACGGCAUCUUUACAUUAAGAAAUGAUAAAGUAUAAAAGUUCCAUCCUUUUAAAAUAAUUUACGAGAAUGACAUGGAAUUCCAAUAAUAAUUCAUUUCAAUAAAUCAGUGAGAACUUCCGAUAUUCAGAAAACAUUGUAGGUAUAGUUCCCCUAUAACAAAUCGUUUUUAUAAGACAUUUAUUUAUUAAGUUUUUAUGUCAGUGUCAUUAUUUUAAGUGAAUUUAUGUCAUGGAUUUAAUAAGUAUUACGGAGUACCUACUAAUCCCAUGAUUUAGGUAUUAUAUUGUACUGCAUUGACGCAGUUAUUCGUCGUGGCUGCAAAAUAAGCAAAUUACUAUAAAUAGGAUAGAAAUUUCAUAUAAUUGAAAUGCCCAGGAAUACAUUUUUUAGGAUUUGUUACCUUAUGCUUCUUUCCUUUGUGGCAUUAAUACAAUAUUUCAUUUACUUGACGACCUCUCUUUAAUGCCAGCUCCACACUGUCGCCACUUCAAACUUUGCCAGCCAAUUCGAUACACAUUGCUGGUUUUUAAGUGUGAUUACACGCAUUCGCGUCGGUAUUUAUCCAAGUUUGGCGACAGUGUGGAGCUGGCAUAAAGGUCAUCGUGCUGAACUACUCCUUUGAAGGUUCCUCCCGGUCGAUUCCCGGUCAGCUAAAAUGGAAAUCAUUUUCAGAUUGACCUAGAUCUUUAAGUUCCCGUAACAAAAAAAUAAAAGAAACAAAUUAAACAGAUUGCAGAUUUUAAGAACUUACAUUGAGGCUGCCUAUAACAAUCUGUAUGAUUUGUUCCCACUUUUUUUCUAACGUGCUGUUGCAGCCGUAGGUUACCGUUCACUUCCCAUCAGGUGGGCCGCAUGCUUGUUUGCUUGCUUAUUAGUAUAAUAACACUUCUAUUCCUCUCCAGUUGUUGCCAUCCCUUAUCGAUAGCCGACAGUUCGUCGGAUCAUCUCAUCGCCGGCUUGCCUUGCGAUCUCUUGCCAUCAGUCGGGACCCUCGUCACUCUUUCGGCCCACCUGCCCGGCGCCAUGUGGCAUUACAUGGCCCGCCCAAUUUCAAUUAUAAAUUAUUUGUGUACUAUAUAGUAUAUGGGAUUAUAAUCCCAAUUAUAAAAUAUUGAACACGUACCUAUAUUUUUGUAUCAACUAUUUAAAGCCAUUUUGUGAAAUUUCUAUGCACUAUUUUAAGUUUGAUUUACAUGUUACCGAACUGUUAUUUAUUGUGAUUUGUAAAACCAUAUGAUGUGUUUGAUUUUGGUUAUUUUUGAGUAAUGUUAUUAUGUACUUAUUUCAAUGUAUGUGCCUUACACGUGAUAUAUGAUUUAAGCUAACGUAUUUUAAGUAUUUCUUUGUAAAUAUCAAAAUUUAUGUUAAUUAAAUGCUAUACGCUUACAA